GUGCACGAUCACAUUUAUCUUUUUCACAACUGCGAGUGCAAGAAAUAAUUUUUGUAACAUUUAAAAACAUCAUCAAGCCAUGAGACUUGACGGUCUUAAUUUUGCUAAUUUUUGUACCAUUUAAAAAACACCAUCAAGCCAUGAGACUUGCCUGUCUUAAUAUUGCAGUGUUUAUUGCGGGCAUUAUCGAGAAGAAUUCCGGAAUUAAACUGGAAACGUCGUGUAUCCAGCUGAACCAGACCGCACCGGACAAAACGCUUGCCCCUCCAACAUAUCUGUUUCGAAGCGACUUGUUAACGACCGAAGAAUGCUUAGCCUACGCCGCGCCAACGAUUGACAAAGGGAUUUGUCCCAUUAUUAUGAAAGAAGAAGACUGUUAUAUCAGUGAUAAAAAUCCCCGUCAGCACCAGAUGCUAGGUACCUAUCUCGAGAUAGCGUGCGUAUGGGAAAACCACACACUGGCGGCGAAAACGACGAAACGUAUCCGCCAAAUCAGUCCGCACCGCGCUGUCAUGCUGAGUUUAUUUGAGCGAGAUGAUACGGAAGAUCCAAUCACCGUGGAUGUCUUGGACCCUCUGCGCAACCAACUCGUCCAUCUCGCGCUCUUCACUUGCUAUUCCAAGAAUGUCACCGCCAAGUUAUACGAACUUGGAGAAUUUCCGAAUCUGUUCAGUUUUGAAACGGUUGACUGUUUUAACUUGACGGUGAGGAAGAACGAUUUCAGCCGCCUGCCGCAAUUACGAGCGAUAACGUUGUAUUUUACCACCAUUGCGUCGCUGGAGCCGGGCACCUUUACGGAUUUGCCGCAUCUGCGAAUUCUGAUAUUGGAGAAAGAUUUUAUGCUGGCGUUGCAGGAGAAGGGAAACCCGGACAGCGCUAACGGUGAUUUUGCCACCGAAGAUAACUGUGCGUAUUUUCAGCGUUUGCACUGUGACUGCGAAUAUGCAUGGCUCCGCGAUCUUUUCAGGACCAAGCCGUACCUUAUUGCGGAGAGGGAUGAGGGCGAAGUGUUUGUCAUUGGAAACUUUAUGUCACCGGUUGUUCAGAGAAAGGCGAACUAUACGGAUGUUUUAAGCGUGGACUGCUCACGAAAACUGUCGCUGGAGAACUAUAGCAUCGGGAGAGAAUUCUCGUAUAAUACAUCCUGUUAUAGCGCAGCUUGCUAAUUUCAAAGGAAUAAUUGGUAGUUGGCGCGGCAUCAUUUUCGUUUUGUACUUACCUAUUUGUUUGAAAUGGUUCAUCAUGUAGCAUACUACCUGGUAGGUCGCCCAAGACACCGCGUCAGAAUGAGUUUGCUUCACCGCCUUGACGAAUUCUGCACUUGGAACUUCCACCCAAUGGCGCUGAUUGUUACUGAAGCAAAAAUGAUACGUGAAAAUUGGACACGAAUCCAUAAUUAUGGUGUGUUCGGUUUCGCCGGCUGGGAAAAACGUGCCAAAAUUGCCAGUAAAUGAUUCGUGUACCUAUAUCCUUUAUUUUCUUUUGCCAUUUGCUAACAUCGGCGCCGAUGGAUAAA